AACCCAUGUUUUCACGGUGGAGACUAUGACAUUUCAAGCGGGACCUGCGUCUGUUACGGUGGCUACGUUGGUGACCUGUGCGAAAGGCUCAUGCAAGACUGCAACGAAGGGAACCUCUACAGUUACUAUGCCAACCAAGACGCUAACUUCCUGUGCCAUCCGAACGGUGCUCCUGGGCCGAUCAAGGUCCACUGUAACAUGAUGUAUGGAGGAAGGACGCUUAUCAUGACCCAGACUUCAGGAAAUGAGAAUUUUACCAGGACAUGGGAGGAGUACAAGAUGGGGUUCGGUAGCCUCUCAGGUGACCACUGGUUGGGCAAUGAAAAUGUACAUUACAUAACUAGUGGCAGAACCCACUUCCUUCUUGUUGAACUUUGGACACCUGGUGCUGACAUCUUCAAUCAACUAGCGCAGCGGUUCUACGUGGACUUCCUAGUAGGGCCUGAAGUAGACGACUACAAGAUGACCUUUUCCUCCACUUUCCCAAACCCACAAUGGGUGCAGCUUCCAGCAGAGUGUCUUGUGAGCGACACGCCCUUCAGUACCCCAGAUGUGGACCACUCCGGGGCAGCUGGUGUGACAAAGUCUGGCUUCUGGUUUUCCAACCCUCCUGAAUGUAAUCCAACUGGGCACCUGAAACCAACAAACACCUUCUGGGGCGAGGACAAGACUGACGUGUUCUGGAAGGAUGGUAUUGACGGAGAGGCUGUUAAAACGAUCCAUGUCUAUAUGCUCAGUGGUCAUCCAAGUGACUAUCCGUGAUCCUGUUACAGGUACCUACUAUGACGCUUUCUUUCUAGUCUAAAUCAUAUGUACCCUCUUGUGAUGGUUGUGUAUGGUUAUCUAAUUAUAAAGCCUUCAACGCUGUGAGAAACUGAAAUUCGUCUCUGGUCAUGUCG